CUCGAGUAUAUCGUGGCGGUUGGCGAGUGUUGCGAUUAAUACUCGGCUGCACCCGCGGAAUCGCAUUCCAAUCCACGGGCGACUCCUCUCUCCCCCUGGUUCGCGGUUUCCUGCGAUCGAAAAAAAAAAAAAGUAGUGUCGCUUGGUUAAAAAGGGGCGAUGCAGCGUGCGCGUAAACGCCACCAGUUCCGUAUUCAAGGCGACGCGAGUGCCCUAGGCUAACGGGGUGGAAUUGAACGCAUAGAACGACGAGGCUCAGCGUGUGUCACGGUGUGUCUCGGUGGUCAACCGUGCACGCGUCCACCAACCCCCGUUUCCCCUCUCGAUUCUCCUCCCCCUGGUGCGGCGUAUGUAUGUGUCAUUCGAUGCAGCGUGUCUUAACGAUCGAUUUUCGGGAUAAGAAAGAAAAGAACGUGUCCUUUCCGGCACUGCACGUGCGCACCACCCACCCCGCCCCUCGGGCGGUUGUUUCCCGUUUCGCACCACUCGAGAACCGCGAGUGACACUACGGGGGCGAACGCGUACCCUUGGACCUCGGCUGGUGCGGUUUCUUUGCACCUAGUGACGUCACUUCACCACCCCCGGCCGGCGAAUUGUCACUCGAAACGCUGUUGCGUAAAGGGCCACGUCUCGCCGACGUCGAGGAGGCCCGCGAGCACACCAGAGGUCGAUGGAUCCGCUCUCUCGAGGAUAGAAACGCGACGAGGGAUCGAGGAAAAGUUGAAUUUUUCGGGGCUGAUAGUUGCUGGAGAACAGAAGUCGAGCUCGACAAUCGAUGGCUGAGGAUUAGUGGAUGCUCGAUAGAGCUUGUGGGGAAAGGGUGUGGAGCUGGAAGCUUUGGACAAAUUUUUGAGAGAAUGAUCAUUGGUUUGUGAUGAAUUGGUACGGGUGAUCUUUAGUUGAAGUGAUAAUAGUUGGAAGGUUGAGGUUUUAAGUAGUUUCGUCGUGACAUGAGCGAUCUUAUAGUUUGAUGACCAAAGUUCUGAUACAUCCUUGGAGCUUGAGCAACUUUUUGAGAAAGGUCAGGAAUAUUGACAUCGAACGCCAAGUUGGUACCAGUGUAUAUAUUCUCUCUGAAGAGUUAUUUAACGUGUCCUCGAUACUCUGAGGAUCACAGUUCUGAUAAGUCCUUGGAGUAAACCUUGAAUAAGUUCUAGAGGAAGUGACAUUGAGAUUUAACGAUACAUUGAUCUACCAGUGGUCUUCGAGGUCUUAAAGUUCAAGUUUUUAAUCAACUUUUCGAGUACCCCUUCGCUGACUUUCUAAAACGUUAACAUUGACGUUCAACGAAACACCAAUUUCCGGGUAGUGACUGCCAGUCAAAGUAGUAAUGCACAAGUGAGAUAUUCGUACUAAUAUUUAACGUUUCCUCUGAUAAAUAUUUAGGCUGCGUUUGACUUAUCUCUUUGAGCUACAACAUUGACACCAAACGAAACGCUUAGUUUGGUAUCAGUGAUCUUUACUUGAAAUAAUAAUCUACAAGUGAUAGUGAUACGAUCGAUUCUUGGUGAACUUUUCGAGGGACAUUGAAAUUCAUCGAAACAUCAAGUUGACACCAGUGAUCCCAGUGUUAUUUAACAUUUUAUCGAUCCUCUGCUGAUCAGAGUCUUAAUAAAUGACAUUGACAUUCAACGAAGCACCAAGUUGAUCUCGGCGAUCUUUACCUGUAAUAACAAUCUACAAAUAAGGCAUUACUUAAUAUUUCCAUCGACAUUCUGUGGAUGAAGCUUGUAGUAUAGCUUCGAAGUAUACUUGACAAUCUUUUGAGGAAGAUCAUCUCUGACAUUCAACGAAAUACCAGCUAUCUCUACUUGGAAUAUUUAAUCUACGAGUGAGGUACUAUUUGAUCGAUUCUUUAAAGUUCAAACUUCUAACAAACGCUUGAUGAAGUAUAUCUUCGCCGACUGUGGGGGAAUAGUGAUAUUGAUAUCCAUCGAAGCAUUGAAUGGUGCCAGUUAUCUUUACUCGAAGCAAACCAUUUUCAACUAGGUUACUGUAAAGUUCAAACUUAUAACAAAUUCUUAAAGUAUUAGCUAAGUUUGUGGAAUAUCCAUAUUCAACGGACAUGAUAAACAAUCUACAGCUGAUUUUUCCUUGGAAAUCAGACUUCUAUCGAGUGAUAGAACUUUCCUAAAUUUUUAAGUUAGAUCAACAAUAUUCACACGUACCCAACCUCCCUUCUGAAAAAUACUUUCUCACCUUAACGCUUCCAAUAACACCCUAAACGCACAUCUUGCGACCAUUUCUGGGAACAGUAUCGUGACACAACGAAGUAUCAAUUAGCGACAAUAGUGAAGUUCCUUACUGUCACCCACUGAACAUCAUCUACCAACAUUCUGCCAAAUUCUCGAAGAACUAUUGACCGAAUCGACCAGUUUCAUCGACCAAAGGCUGUGCUAAAAUCAUCGGUCAUCGGAGCUUCCUGGCUACUCGCGCUACUUAACGAGAGUACCGUCGCUGAUUGGUUUCCAAUCCAGGGUACACGGAGGCGCCUCCUGGGUCUGUGUUUACGAGAGCACACGAUCGAAUACACGGCAAACCGUAGGCACUGCCUUGCCUACGCUCCACGAUAAUUGCCGUUCGCUUUCACCUAAGAAGCGAGCCUGGUCUCGGAGGGAGUCCUGUAAUAAAUCUAAUAAUCGAGCUAACGGUUCGUGGUCGUAGAGGGCACGUCGGAGAGACGCAGUCGUUGCAUCGCUGGAGUCUGUCGUCUGACAGGCCUGAAGUCUGGGAAUCGCAGAUUCCACAGAAAUCAGUUGGGAGCUUCCGUUGGAAGGAGCUGAGAAUACAUUUGUUCAGAAUUGACAGAGAGAGCUUAAUUUGAUUUACCCAGGUCUGAAACUAGAAAUCAGUAGAGAAACCUGGGAGUUAGUUGAAAGGACCUGUCGGGAGCCUUCAAGCACCUGGAGUUGGAACUGAAGCUGAGUUCUACGAGCUUCUGAGUUGAAACCUUUCGUUGGAGGCCGCUGAGAAUUGACAGAACUUGAUUUACUCUAAAGCUGAAAAUCAGUACAAAAAGGACUUGUCGGAAGCCUUCAGGCACCUGGAGCUGAAGCUGAGGAUGACCUUCGAUACCAAGGACAUGUACUCGUCCAGGUUUGACACAACCUAAUCUGAUAAAUGUGACCGCAGACUGAUGAGCUUUGGAAACUUAAUAUUCGAUUCAAAACCCUCGUCAGAAGCCUUUGGGGCAUCCUGAAGAAAUUUCAGUGACGCUCGUCUGCAGUUGACUCGAUCGAGUAACCUCGGGAUCCUGAAGUUUGGAAUCAGGAGGAAAGAUCGCAGAAUUCUAGAGGAAAUCGGACGGUGAAAGUGGCGCGGGAAUGUUUGAAAGUAUCUCUGCGAAUCGUGAACGUUGAAGGAAGCUCAGGCUCAUACUAGAGCCCAGUGUUUUCCGUUUGCGUGCUGUUCGGAGCCAGAACAUUGGACGCUGUCUCGCGAGGAGUAUUCGAGAUCGUCGUUGAGUUGUUUGAAGGUGUUUGACGACUUGGGGACAAAAAGUAAACGAGAGAGUCUAUUGCGAUGUCGUCGCAGUGAGGAUCGUCCUUUCAGGCGGCGCUUUCACGUGAUUUCUUCGUCUUUCGUUGGACGAAUUUAAGGACAAGGAACAGCGAGGAAAAAGCCGGCAAACUGGAUGCUCCAGACGGUGCCUCGCCUUCCGCGCCUCCGCCUGACAUUACUGUCACCCAGGAUGACCGCUUUGGAAAGCGGACGGGUGGCAGUGCCAGGAGACCCAACGAAUGCUUCGUUCUCGAGCCCUCCGAGAUGAUCGCCAUCGACUACCCGGAAGUGCACGGAGGAAGGAUGCAUCGGCCACCGCACCCUCAUCCCAUAACCGACCAUCGACAGGUCAACUUGGUCUUUGAUGACACGUUUUCCCAAGGCCUGACUGGCAGGCCAGAGCUGUAUCAAAAGUCCAACAGAAGCAGCCAUUCGAGUGAUACAAGUUCUGCAUACAGUGGUUCUGACACUAUGACAUCUGUGCAAAGUUCCUUGGAUGCAGAUGCGGAUGAGGUUGAUCUUUCAGGUCUUGUUGAAUCCAUAGUGGACAGCGAUGAAGAGGAAGAUCUUGCAGAGAGCAUGGAUAGCUUGACUGUCCGUGAUCAAGUCAGAGAAUGUUUAGAGAAAGACCCUAUGGAAAGGACAGAGGAUGACAUAGAAACAUUGCUAGAAUUCACGCAACAAUUGAAGGCCUUUACAAACAUGACUCUGGCUGUAAGAAGAGCGCUGUGCGCUGUGAUGGUGUUUGCGGUGGUCGAACGUGCCGGUAUGAUAGUUUUAAAUGACGGCGAAGAAUUGGACAGUUGGAGCGUGCUUAUCAAUGGUGCUGUAGAAAUCGAACAUAGUAAUGGCGAAAUUGAACAACUACAACUUGGCGAUAGUUUUGGAAUCUUGCCCACUAUGGAAAGACUUCUGCAUAGAGGUAUCAUGAGGACAAAAUGCGAUGAUUGCCAAUUUGUAUGCGUCACGCAAGCAGACUAUUUUAGAAUUCAACAUCAAGGGGAAGAAAAUACUAGGAGGCACGAAGAAAACGGAAGAGUGAUUCUAGUAACAGAAUUAAGAGGUGCUUUAGACGGAGGAGCACGCAGGGGUCAUGUCGUUAUUCGUGGAACUCCUGAACGUUUAAUGUUACAACUUAUAGAAGAAAACAGUAUUACCGAUCCUACGUAUAUAGAAGAUUUCUUAUUAACCCAUCGAACAUUUAUCGAAAGUCCUUUAUUAGUUGCGAGUCAAUUGUUAGAGUGGUUUGAUCAAGCACAAGUCAGAGAUAGAGUUGCCCGAGUAGUACUCCUCUGGGUAAAUAAUCAUUUUACGGAUUUUGAAACCGAUCCAUCGAUGAUGGAAUUUUUAGAAGCAUUUGAAACUGGAUUGGAAAGAGAAAAAAUGCAAGGUCAACAAAGAUUAUUAAACAUUGCGUGCGCGGCAAAGGCGAGAACGCGGAAUGUAACGUUAGCGAGGCCCAGUAGGGACGAGGUCUUGCAUUUUAGUAUAUUAGGUGGUUACGAAAGGGGUUUCGGCAUCUUCAUUUCGAAAGUCGAUAAAAAGUCGAAGGCUGAAGAUGUUGGGUUAAAACGGGGCGAUCAAAUUUUAGAAGUAAACGGACAAAGUUUUGAGCAUGUGAAUCACGUCAGGGCACUCGAAAUCUUAAGAGGAUCCACACAUCUCAGUAUAACGGUUAAAUCAAACUUACUUGCGUUUAAAGAAAUGCUUCAGAUGCCAGACGAUUCACCAAGGCCACGGGGAAGAGCAAAUAAACCUGAAAUAUCACGAAUUCAAACAGAUCCACGUGCGAGGUUGUCCACGCACGUGGAUCCGAUUACCCCUGUCAAUCCGCUAAACCCACUUGUAGGUGGUGUUCCAUUGUUAAUUCCCGAUUCCAAUGUGUCCCCGUGUAAAGAUGCUAAGAAAGACCAUAAGGGAUUCAUGACGCUUGGACCGAAAAGGAGAUUACAGAAAGCCCUCAUGAAGAUGAACAUACUGCCAAAGAAUACUAUUAACGAUGGUGUACACGUAGACGAUCCUCUUGCGCCUCCUCAUACACCCCCAGGAACAGGACUUUCUCAGACCACCACCAACCUUUAUCACUCCAAAAGUAACCCCGACCUUACGUUAUAUUGUUACGAUGACGUGCGGGCGCCUGAUUAUCCUGAACACGUUUUGAAAGUUUACAAAGCUGAUCAAACUUGUAAAUACCUUCUUAUUCAUAAAGAAACAACAGCACAUGAGGUGGUAAUGCUUGCUCUUCAGGAGUUCAGUAUAACGGAGAGUAGCUCGAACUUCUCGUUAGCUGAACUUAGCGUUGGGGAAGGAGGUAUGAUUAAGCAACGAAGGUUACCCGAUCAGAUGCAGAACCUCGCAGAAAGAAUCGGAUUAAGUUCGCGAUAUUAUUUAAAAACUAACAGUAUCUCGGAGACGCUCGUGGCCGACGAGCAAGCGCCUGAACUUAUUCGCGAAUCUCAGGUUCAUUUCUUGCAACUGAACGCUGUCGAAGUUGCUAUUCAGCUAACCUUACAAGAUUUCAGUAUAUUCAGGCAAAUUGAAUCCACGGAGUACGUGGAUGAUUUAUUCGAAUUAAAAAGUAGAUACGGAGUGCCUAUGCUCAGGCAGUUCGCAGAACUAGUCAACAGAGAAAUGUUUUGGGUCGUAACGGAAGUUUGUUCUGAACACAACAUCGUUCGACGUAGUAAAAUAAUAAAACAAUUCAUAAAAAUAGCUCGCCAAUGUAAGGAGUGUAAGAACUUCAACUCCAUGUUUGCGAUCGUAUCUGGUUUGGGACACGGAGCCGUAUCAAGAUUGCGAGGCUCAUGGGAAAAAUUGCCAAGCAAAUAUCAGAGGCUUUUCAGCGAUUUGCAGGAAUUAAUGGAUCCCAGCCGUAAUAUGAGCAAAUACCGACAACUGGUGGCGUCUGAACAGACACAACCUCCCAUAAUUCCAUUUUACCCCGUAGUAAAAAAAGAUCUGACGUUUAUACAUCUCGGCAACGAUUCCAGAGUAGAAGGCUUGGUUAACUUCGAAAAGCUGAGAAUGAUCGCGAAAGAAGUGAGAACGUUAACGAACAUGUGUUCUUCGCCUUACGACUUAUCGAUAAUGUUGGAAAGAGGCGGGCAGCCACCUAGUUCCGCUAUGGUCGCGUUGAAUCAAAUGACCACUGGCAAUCAAGUAUUACAUUGUCCAGGAGGACAAACUGCGACCGUAAAAAGACGGAAAAAGUCGACCGCAGCGCCAAACCCAAAGAAGAUGUUCGAGGAAGCGCAGAUGGUCAGAAGAGUGAAAGCGUAUCUGACGAAUAUGAAAGUGAUAACAGACGAGGAACGAUUACACGCUCUUUCCGUGGAAUGUGAACCCCAUGCAGGAGCUGUCGCAAUUGCUGCGGCUGUACCACUAAGCGCAAGUAGAGGAAGAAGGCAUCCUUCUCCUACUCUGUCAACUACAAGUAGCGCUAGCAGUACCAGUGAAGGUAGAAAGAGUAUACAAGGUACAAAGUUUGGAGCAGCAUCGCCACAAGCAGUGAGAAAAAUGUUGGCGCUCUCCGAUCCUCACAAAACACGUCCGUAUCAACCUAAACACUGUCCACCAUCACUUCCAGUGCCAGGGUUAGCCUUGCAUUCCAGCGGUCUGGAGCCUAGUCCUGGUGCACCUAGGAGAUUAGGAUCUGGUAGCAGAGUUCCUAUGCAUGAGCGAUCCCAUAGCGAUACUCCUUCCAGUUUACCACCACCUGUCGAUCUCAGCGCUGAAAGUAGUAGCGUGACCAGCCUGAGCAAUCUUCAACCGUUGAGAAAAACGUUGACCAGCGGUUCGGUGACGAGCAGUGACAGUGGUCACAGUACACAGCUGGACAGCCACAGCGGAAGCAGCGUGGAAGCCGGUGGCAGUCCGCCGCCACCUCAAAGACGGCACUCCGCCAUGCAAGGGUCUGUUAUGAGAGGUGGCGCACCUCCGUUCCCUCACGCGGUAGCAGUGUUACCUCCGCUUCCUGCCAACCACAACCAGAAUCACAACCACAAUCAUCAUCAUCACCACCACCACCACCACCACCAACAUUAUUACGAUCAUCACCAUCACCAACCCCAAAAUCCUCAAGGUUCUACGGGAUUAGGAGUAGGCGUGGGUCUCGGAGCACCGCCGGGACUUCCUCCCCAAGGAGCUGGCGCAACGAUAAUGACGACGAUGACGACCGUGACUACCAUGACGUCGAUGACGACGAUGCGUCCAGGAAUCGGUAGCGCGCAGUGCCGUCAGCCUCCUGCGUACAAGGUCGCUGCACAGAUGGCGAGGUUGCACAGGCUCGGCCGUGCUCACAGCCACGAGGGUGUUACCUACAGGACCGAGCACGAAGAUGACGAUGAGGACGCCCAAGUGUCGGCGGUUUAAACGAUCCACCACGCUGGGAACGCCGAUCCUUGCUUAGGGGGCAAUCCUUCGUCUCGUCAACUACCUCUUUCGGCGAAAGGAAUAGGACACCCUCGUCGUCGCGUCACGUGACGAGUUGGAGCCAUUCCUCGGGAAAGAGGAAUCGCCAGGAUUUACGAAACUCGCAUCCCUCGUCUCGAGAUAAAUUUUGAGAAGGGAAGGGUUACACAGGGACGAACAAUUGACACGCACAGUGCUUUCGACGGUAGCUUGUCGAGAGAUCGGGUCACCUAAUUCUAGGAAUUACGGGGAAACGCGCUUCCAGGACUGCAACCAAACGAAACAGACACCUCGAGAAUUUCGGAAGAGCGUCAGGAGAAUAGCACGAGUAUCGAGGACGUUGAGAUUCGGAGAGGCCGAGAAACGAAAAGACAAAGCAACUUUUCCAAUCAGACUGAGAGGGGAGACGAGCUCCUCCGAGUUUCGAUAUCGCAGGGACUAGAGCGCAAGAACGGUCAUAAGUAAUAUUCUAUAUAAAUGUGUAAUAAAUCGAGUCCAAAGAUGUUAUAUAUACCGCGUAUCGCCGCAGGGAGUACGAAUGACAGCGUGUCCUGUAUUAUAUACUUUUUAGGCUAAUAUCCUCCCCAACGCUCCCCAUUCGUAGCAUAAGUAUAUAAGUUGGUGUACAUAGCGUAGCGUUAAUCGUAGUCUUUAACCGAGAGCCGAGGAAGAAUGUGACGCGAAAGAGGAAACUCACAGUGCAAAUCGAAUUUAAGCGCCAGAGGAUUCGAAGUGGUUCAGCCUAACGACACUGAUUGCAGGUUUAACGUCGAAAGUUCUGUUUUAUUUUUAUUUUUAUUUUCUUUUUUUAAUUUGUACACCUGCCAGGGUUGCAAACAAAUAAUUCCAAUUGUCGUGCUCCGAGCUAUUUUGCUGCUAAUUUUUCGCGGUGAAAAUUGUACGACCUGGCAGGGUUCGAACCAUUUUUUAUUUCGAUCCGUUGUUCGAUCGUCAGCGGCGCGUGACGCGUGACGCAGAGAUACGGAAAUCUCGCAUCGAAACGGCGAUGCGAUUUUACGGUUUAUGCGGUUCGAUGUGUGCUGAUUUUACUGUUGACGCGAUCAAGUACAAAGUAUUUUUCAAAGACCAACGCCGUUGCAAGAGGGUACGACCGAAAGUACUGCUCCUUGGCUUUUGGUGUACCGUCUAACCCUGUAUUGCAUUGAAUUGUAGAAUAUCUUUAGAAAGAGAUAUCCUUGAACGUUUAACAUCUCUGAUAUCGUAGAUGGAGCAUGUGCUCGGUAAAACGCUUUCUAAAAGAAGGAAGACUAUAGAAAGACAGAAAAGACCAGGGAUCUCAUUUAAAUUAUUGAAUUAUAGAUCUGCAGCUCCAGCUACUUGCUAAUUCUCUAUGCCAGAAGAGUUUAUAUAAUAGGUUCUGAAUGAACGUUGAUGAUGAAAUGUAAACUAUAAUUUGUAUCGAACUUAGCUUUCCUGGUGAAGAAUGAUACGUGCAAUUAUUUAUAUCUCUAUAAUUAUUGUGAUCUUACGCUUAAUGUUUUAUACGUUACAAUGAGAACCUGUUUGCUAAACACAUUAAUUCAGAGGGGAGUCCUUCCCCGUAUUAGUAAAGAGAUGAAAUCAGUCUUUGACAAUAUUUAUGUGUAACUUUAAAUCCAAACUCUAUAGAGGGUUAAUUAAUUCAGCGAUGUGUAAACAAUCGACAAGUAGUGCAGUAGGGGGUUAAGACGAUAUGAGUCGGAGUGGCGCUCUUAGGCGAGUCUGAAUAGAAAGUGACAAAUAUCGAUGAGAAAAAAUUCCAAUGGCGAACCGCGGCGCGCGAGUCUUCGUGAAAAACGAAUAAACACAACAAGGUAUUAGCGUUUCAGGAUACGAGAUCGAAGUAAAAUAUCUAUAUGCAUCGCGUAUGCUCAACUUAUUUUUACUGACUAUACUACGGAAACGAAUUUUAGAUCUGGUGUAACUUAUAUCUCGACACUCUCGAUUUCGCCCUGUUCGCGAACGAGGUGAUGGAACCUUUGAAUGCUAUUCGUCGAACUCAUAUUUUCCGAAAUUUUAUCAGUAUCACGGUACGUUUUAGUUUUAUAUAAAUAUAUAGAAAUAUAUAAAUAUAAAUAUAUCUGUAUGUAUAAUCCGCGCCCGUGCGAGCGUGCGAGGAGACCUGGAUGAUAUCCGCCUCUUUGGAGAAAGGAGAGAGGCGAGGUGUCGACAAGGCGGAGGCGCGCGGCUGGUUUUAUUAUCGAUAUCAAGUAAAUAGGUUUUUUCUUCGCCCAUUCGACUUAUCGUAUUGUAACAGCGCUGUAAACAGUCAUAAUUCUCGUCCAUUUGUGCAAGAAGCCUCGAGUCCUUUAUCGACGAGUACUUAACGCUUUAUCUACCAGACUAUUAAGAUACGAAUACCGUGGAUUGUUCGUCGAAUUCUCUGUCAUUUUCGAAGAAGACCUAGAAGAAGUACUUCCGGGAUGUAUAUUAAUCUGGGCUUGCAUCAAUUUAUGCAAAGCCUCGUCCGUUUCCUGAAACCCAGUAUUGUAAGAUGACAACCGAAAAGCCUGUAAUUAAAAAGCUUAACGGAUGGACUUCCGGUAGAUAAAGCGUUAAGGAGAGCUGUAAUUCACGCGCGGAAGAAUGCAUAAACCGCGGUCAGUCGAGGGGACCUUCGAAGGCGUCUCUCGCGAAAGGAUCUGCCAAACGAGGAUCAGCACGGUGCUUUCUCUCCUCGAACGUUCAAAAUUUGUUCAAAAUCGUGUAAAAAAUUUGCUCAAGAGUUGAACGUUCAACGUUUGCUGUCGACAUUCCACUGUGUCUUGCCGUGAAUCGUGGCCAACAUGCUUCCCCCCCCGCACGAGACUCGUCUCCCAGCGUGCGACAGACUGCUCUCAGAUAUUAAUCAUACCGCGUAACCCUGACCGAAAGGCAUCAGAUGUCCUCGAACACCGUGCUGAUCUUCUCGCGCGGUCUGUCUAAUGGGAAACGAUUGGUCCAACUCGAUCCCGCGACGCAACCGUGGAUCCAUCGACAUUUACUUGCAUAUUCAUAUUAAUAUCUCUUUGUACAUAUCCUAACGACUUUUAAAUAUUAUUACUUCAAACGUUCUCGAAGGAACACUUUAUAAAAAUCAUUAUAUUCAGCGUUCAUCGAUUAAGAUUCCUCGCGAAUUCGAAGCGUAGAAGGCAAAACAAAACGAGCAGAUCUGAAAAAAAAGACCUCUUUUCGUGUUUUCUUUUCUCUGUUUGCAUUUUCUUUUUUCUUUUCUUUUUUUUAACCGUUAAGAGAUCACCCGUUUCGCUUUACUCCAUUCGAACUGGUUCUCCGAGCUCUUCCUUUUUGUACCUUCGGCUGAAGCGCAAGAACACGAUCCAUUCCAGGCAGCAUUUACCAUAUGCCUUUUGCGAAUUGGCGCGAACCAACCGUUCCUCUUCGAGGUUUCGUCGAACAGUAGAUAUCCGAGAACCAGUCGAACGCUUUCACUUAUUGGUCACGCCGAUCGCAUCGUGGAAAAUCUUGCUUCUGAACGUGGCGACUAAGCGUAAUAUUCCCACACCGUGUUCACAGCGAGCAAUAAUCUUUAAACGCUCGAAACGGGAGCACGGCGAACCCUCGAAGAGGAACGGAAGCGUUCGCGCGCUGGCAAAACGGAGCGAGCUGAUUAGUUAGUCCUUGAAUCGCUGAAGCUCGAGCCCUUCUUCCCCUAAUUUUAUGGAACGAUCCACCUUGUAGAGCAGAGAUGGGUAAGAGUUUUAUUCGGACAACAGAUGACGAAUAAAAGUUGUUCGAAUGCUUUUGCUAGAGAGCUUACAAAGACGAAUUUAUGUUGCUUGUAAUGUUUGUUCGAUUGAACUUUUAUUCAUUCAGCAUGAAAUAUUCGAUUGUAAUUUUUAUUGCACGUGUAGUUCGUCUUUUAUUCGUUAUUCGAAGCGUUCGAAUAAGAACUUUGCCCAUCUCUGUCAGGUAGAGUUUGUGUAAUGUGAGCGUGAGAGAGAAUGUUUAUCUAAGAGAGAGAAAUGUGGACAAGCCUUCAACUUUCUUCUUCCACGAGUCCCCCUCCCCCUGACUUCUUUUAUUUUUAUUUAUCCUCCUUCCACUUUCUCUCCUGUUGUUUUAAUUAUUUAUAAAACUUCGAGACGGAACGACCGCAAGAACAGCGGUCCUGCGAGCAACACGAAAGCAGGAGACUUUUUGUAUUUAAUUUGUUUAAUAAAACUUGGAUCAUAGUACAACA